AUGACUCCCUCAGGACUCUUCAUCCCUCACCUCAUCUCGCCGAGAUACGAGCUCAGCCUGCCUCCGAUCCUCCUCCCUCUCACUCAGGUUCCUCCGGGACGCCCCUCCUCUCCCUCUCCCCUCCCUCCCAUACUCAGGGAACCAGUCGUAACGCUCCACGCAUCAAUACCUAUCACACCCACACACUCUCCUCACAUCGCCCCGGUUUCCAACCUCCCUCUCUCUCUCCUCACGAGCCAUCAGCCAAUCCAUCCGUCCAUCCCGCAUUCACGUCACUCUCCCGCGUACAACGCCCACUCUCCCGACAUCCAACCGACGCCUCUCCCCCUCGACUCUCGCCGAUAUGCAAAUCCUCUACUCUCUCCGGCCUCUCUCCUUCCAUCCCCUGAUCCCUCUCGCCCACUCCCCUCUACUAUUCCAUCCACUCACAUGCUUCCGCUAUAUACGCCUCCAUCGCUCCCCCACUCUCCCUCACCUCCCUCGUCGACGUCCCACGUCUUCCUCAAAGCCUUCCCUCCCAUAAACCCCCUCGACCUUCGCACCACUCGCAACACUCACGCGUAUCUCGUCUCCCCUAACUCGCUUCCUCUACUACUUUCACUCCCUCGACGACGCACUCUUCGCCUCUCACUCCCCCCAGAAGAGUCUCUCGUCGCCUACUUCUCUUCUCCUCGUCCACAACGUCACGCGGUUCACCAUCAUCUACCCAACCAGUCCGCUCAAAAAAACUCCCCAAUGAGCAUCAGCGACAUCUCUCUCGCUCAAGCGACACAAUCCUCUACCCAAACUCUCCCUGGGAGCUCUCGUCAAACUCUCGCCUGUCUCGCUGCGUCUCUCAGAGUCUCACCUACAGGCUCGCUUCGCAUACCCUCAUUCCUCCAGCUUCUACCUGAUCCCAGCGAUGACUCUCCUGGCCUCGCUGUCCUCUCGUACCCCCUGCAUACUAAAUCUGGGCACUCCUGGUGGGGGGGGGAUGGGUGGUGGGGGGGGGGGUGGGGUGUUUUGGGGUCCGGGGGCAAACGUUCCAUUUCCCGUCAAACGUCCCCUCCUCUUCCUCACCGCGCUCUUCCCCCUUCUCCCCCCACUCUCUCCCCUCCUCCUUCUCUCCCUCUCAACCAGCUCCACGCUCCCUCUCGCUCUCCUAAAGCACUUGUCGCCUGCUCUAGCAAAUCUCCGGCUCACGCCACGUCCCCCCUCCCGCCUCACCAACCUCAAAUCAUCGGAACGAUAUCGACCAUCCCGCCCACCCUCCUCCGGCUCCAACUCUAUCCUUCGCGAUCCACCUCCUCCCUCCAUCGGUCCGCCCUCUCACUCCCAUCAUCCAACCCCCUCCCCCCACCCUCUUCCCUCCUACUUCCCCUCCCCCCCCCCUCCCCCUCUCUUCUCCCUCCGCCGCGGGCCACCACCGAACCCCGCCCUCUCAUCCCCAUCCCUCCCACACUCCACGUCUACUCUCCCCCCCUCGACGCCACCCUUCGCUCUCUCUCGGUCCACCUCACACCCCCGCGUCCACCCUCUCCCUCCACCCUCUCUCAUCCCCCCCUCUUCAGCUCGCGCAACACUCUCCCCCAUCUCUCCCGCCUGUACUUACCCCUCCCUCCUUCUCAUCAGCUGCUCCUUUCGUCUCUCCCCCCGCACCUCUCAGCCCUUCGCUCCUCUCGCUCCUCCCACUCACCCCUCUCUCCCCCUCGUCCUUCUUCCUCGCGAACCAGGCUAGGAGAGAAAUUGGUGUGA